AUGAAAAUUGAUCGGAAAAAGAUUGUGAAUAGAUGUGGGUAUGACCAAAACGAAUGCAUGCUCCUUGCCAAGCGGCUUUCUGAGUGUUCAGAUGAAGACUUCUUGAAGGAAUUACGAAAGAUUAAGGUCUGGAACUAUGGAAAGUGUGAGCUGGGUCUUUGGGCUGACAUUCUUGAUCGCCUUGAUGCAAUCCUUGAAGAUGUGACUUCAAAAGUUGGUAUGUGGACUCUUAAGGUUGACGCCCCCGGAAACGACCAUCUUGUAAAAGAUGUCGUUACCGUACUUGAGUUCACCAGUCAUCUCAUUGAACACAGUAUCUACCGUUGUCUUUAUGGGUCAUGGAGCCAUAUUCUCGCACUUUUUGCCACUUCAAACAUGGAUAUCCUACUAGCAGUUCUCGGCCUUGCUUAUAAUUUUAGUAAAAGGAGCAACUACUUCUCUCGACUCGAUCCGAGUAACAGGUCAUUGAUCCUUGAGCGACUUGUAUCGAUUGCUGAGUCAUGGGGGGGCGUCGAGAAUGGCUUUGAUCUUGCCUCUUGCUGUCGAAUGGAUCAUUAUCCUCCAAACGCUGGGAAAGUAACCUUUGAAUACUAUCCUGAUAAUGAGCUUGACGGACAACCGGGUUUCUUGUCUCGACCACUUGUUAUUGAUGAGUGUCUCAAAAAUUGCACCAAGUCUCCUUCCGAAGUCAUGGAGGAAUUACUGAAGGUUCAUCCCGUUCCACUAUCGAAGCAAACGGCUCUUUUUGCUCGAAUUCGUCUGGCUGUGUACUUUUCAGACCCUGAAAAACGCCUCAAGUGCAUCAAAGCUCGUCUGCAAGCCAUUUCCACACUUUGUACUACUUUCAUUUUAUCGACUCAUACUGACUUUCUCUUAGGUUACACUUUCGAGUUUGACGACCGUCUGAUUUACUUUGGGCUGGUUGAUGAGUUAGUGGAUGUCCUUCAGCUUCCUGAUGGCGAAGUCAUGUCCAUAAAAGCUUGUGCUCUCCGUACUAUGACGGCCAUUUUCAAUCUCCAACGUCUUAACGUGAAUCUCAUGACCAUUCUUGAAUCAACCGGGAUGGCCAAUUUUCAUGGCGCUUUGCCCACACGCAUUAGGCGAUGGAUCCAGGGUCUAGUGGAUGGCACCUGUGAUGCCUCGGGGGGCAGUGUCAACCAACAGUACACCAUUGCCCUACUCUCUUUUCUCUAUCAUCUGGCAGCUUUUGAACAGAACUUGAGCUCGGGAAAUGCCCAUGGUAUGAGUUUGCGAACGAUGAAUUCCAGUGGGAUACUGGACUCCAUGCUGCAGUUAAUAGCCUGGCAUGUGCCACGCAACGACUGUCUGAGUUAUGUUACUCGUGCGGUACGCGUUACUGACCAAAUUCUUUCCAGUAUUGUCUCCAAUCGUCAGCUUGUCCUCGACCGUCUCGUCGACAGGCUGGACUAUGAAGCUGAGCUUGUUCUCCGCCCCCCACCUGAGCUAGCCAAAGCCGGGGCGAGUAAUAGCCAGACCUCACCUCUUGGUGUGCUGAACACUCAGCGCUCCGGCCUCAUGAAGUCUAUGCUGAAUUUGUUGAAACGUCUCUGUCUCGAGGCAGACUGGUACGAGUAUCUGCGCGCUGCAAUGUCUGGCAAUCUUCCCGUCGUCCUACGUAAGAUCUACAGCAACCGUGUCUUCCACGCUACUCCUCAUCUCGUACUCUUUGCCAUGGAAACCAUCACUAAUUACAUCUACACCUACCCAUCAAGUAUCUCUUAUAUGCAGGACAAGGGUGUGACCUCUGACAUUCUGUCCGCCUUGAUGGAGAAUCCUUUGCCUCAGAGUCGCGACUUCCUUGUCCACCUGCCCUCAAUUCUACGCACUCUAGCGCUGAAUCCACGAGGUCGCACAGCCCUCUCCUCGAGUGGAGUAUUGCAGAAAUACGUGGAGACCCUGGUGAGCCCCGAAUACCUGCCUACAAUGAGGGCAAAGCGAUUGCGUGACUUCCUCUCUCAGAUCAGCUAUAACCUCUCCAUCGCUGCCUCUGCUGUGGGUCAAAACAAUCCCACUAACAAUCUUACAGCGAGCCAAAUGAGUACCUCACUACAUGAACUUAUGCGGAUGCACUCCGACAUCCGUGGUAUUGUUUUCAACUCCAUUUUAAAGUGCUUCACGAAGAUCGUCGAGAUGGGUAAGACUCCGGCCUCGCUGAUUCCCACCACCAGUAUCGACAGCACUCCUCCGGGAAUGCGUGGAGGCUCCAGUGCGAACUCCAACACUGCAACCUCCACUACUGUGGUGGCAGGAACAUCCACUCGGUCUACUUCCGACAUUCACCCUCCAGUUCGGGUCCGUCAUCGAGCUAGAUCUCCAGAUGAGGAUGAAGUCGUCGACGUCGAUGUGGAUGUAGUGGACGAUGAAGAUGAAGAAGAGGAAGAAGAAGAAGAGGGUGCCUAUCUUGAUGCUGAAGUGGAAGAUGUGAACAUGCUUCUAUCCGGGAGUGAUGGGGCUGGUAGUGAUGUGGAUAACCCUCAGCAUUCUCUUUCUAUCACCGUAUUGGCAACUCCAACCUCUCCGGAGCAUGUAUCGUUUGGUGGAGGCGCUAAUACGAUCACAACAACUACCGUUCCCGCUGCUAGUACCACAGCCUCCACCUCUGUAGCCACUCCCAUGGAGGUUGAUGAAGAAGAGGGCUCACAGAACAUCUCUGAUUUCAUUCUCAACGUGAGCAAGUUCAUGGAGCGCCUUCACUCAUUCUUCAUGCAUGUCAACGACCUCACCCCUUACCAACUGCAUUCACGGGCAGGGGUGCAGGUGUUGUGCGAUCUCCUCCUCAUGCCUGGUUUACCUUUUGAUUUUCCUGUCUCCUUCUCCUGCGCCACCUUCUGCAAGUCCAUUGACCAACUGCUCAACUACAUGUCCGUGGAGGAUGUUGUUGAACCUAUUCUAGAGACACUGGAGAAGUCGAUUCAACGAGCAAAGGACUUACGCGCUGGUCUCACUUCCGCAAUAGACGUCACUAGUAUGCACCAUAGUAGUAGCAGCGAAGCACCAACAUCCUUGCUUCUUGCAGAGUUUAAUGCUGGACGAACUCAACUGCUCCACGAGCUUGUCUGCAUCUCAUCCAUCAUCUGCGUGGUAGUGCAAAUUAUUAAUCAUCUCAAGCCAGAGAUGCGGGGCAUCUUCGGUAAUCUCUGGAGUGAGAAGGAAUUUCUUCGCGAUUUGGGAGAGCUUUACCAUGAGGUCCUAUGGGAGGCAACGAUUCUCCUCACUUCCAUCCGAGAUGAGCAGGAACUCUCUUCUUCUGCUACCACCUCAACAACUGCCAGCAAAUCUGCCAAUACCGGUAUCGCAAACAAUGUUGGAGUUCCCGGUGGCAGUAGUGGUUGUGGAGAUGUUUGUGGUGGUCUCCCCGACGCUUUGGAAAGGAGUCUCUUUCCGCCCUUUGUCGAAACUCUGAGCAUCUUCAAAAUCAUCUCUCCCCAGCGUAACAACUCCGGGACUCCGAGUGAUGCGCAUCAUAUCCUCUACGUGUCUUCCUUCAUUAUCAACUCUGUGAAUGAGUUGUGCACUACCCUAACUCGGUUCUGCAUCCUAUUUCCUCCCCCUCCACGUCGUUUCAUCAUGCAGUUCUCCAACCCGCCACCCCAGGACGCUCUAUCCACAUCCGCCCGAUCAGCCAUCCUGGGACGCGUCGCUCUCUUCAUGGCAGACAGACUGCUCUGGCAGCCCCCCACACCACCACCACCGCCCAGGAUGGUCAACGCAUUGUGGUAUUCAGCCUUCCAGCUGAUUCAUCUUUUUCUCUUUGGGACCUCUACUAACCGCAUGCCCAGCGUGUUGAUGCUAAAGACCUUUUCCAUGCUGGGUGGUAUCGGCUUCCUCUUCGAGUCCUUUAACGACUUCGUUGCUAAUGCAAUGGCGGUUCCUCUAGAUAAAGAAACCGUGGGAAAGGUGGUUGAGGGCUGGCUUGCCUGUGCCGACCGUCUUGCUGAUGUCUCUGCACUGAAGGCGGAGGUUCAGCGUCUCAGCGAGACCGACUUCAUCGGAUUCGAUUUGGAUAAGUACUCUCACUACUUGUAUCGCCGCAUCCUCGAACCCCUUUGUCUUAUCUGUCGUCCCGGUUUUAUUGAGUUCCUAACCAAAAAGGGAGUGGAGCACCUUUUAAGCAUCUUCAAGAACGUCGUUCCUAUCAUCUUUACCCCCGCCUCCGAGGUCACCUCGUCUUCUCGCAUUAGUUGUGACGAAAGCAAUGCCCAAAUUUCGACGCCAUCGACUUCAACUGGAGAGGGUAGGGGUAAGGAGCAUGCGGAGGUGGAUCCAGUUGAGAUGGAUACUAUUAGUGAUAUCAUAUCUCCUCCUUCCACCGAAGCUCUCGAGGAGUUGGGCUUCACAAUGGUUGAUUUUUUGAACGCCUUUGGAACGGAAAGCACAACGAAUCGGAUCCGUGAUUUGCUUAGCAAGCGGCCGUCUGCGAAGCUGCACCCACCUCUUUCGUUUGAGACGUCACGGCAGCGAAGUGCAUUUCUCAGGUCGAAACUCUUUAACGCCUGCCUCGAAAUAGCCAAACUGCAUGAUGGAGAUGAGGUGCUGCAACAGAUCGCCGACGUGUUGCUCUCCAACAAAGACGAUUUGCACUGUGUCUCGGAGCUAGUUCGCAUCAUUACUGGUGAUGGAACUGAGCAUGUUUGCAUUGAUGCCCCUCUCACGUCUCCCGAAUACUCCUCUACGAAUGUUGAAGUAGCAAUGCACCUCCUUGCUCUUUUCUUCACCCGUUGUCGCUUCGUCUGCGUUCGUGCAUUCAACCGGUAUCGCUUGCCCGAUUUCCUCUACAACCUUAUCACAGGUCGCCUCUGGCCCUCUGCUUCCUCAUUUCCCUUCCGGUCUAAACUCUUCACCCUUGCUGCUCUCCUGCUCGAACAAUACGUACACAUGGCUACGGCUCUGCGUCUGCGUCAGCGUCAUAUCAAGCUCUACGCAGACCGUCACAGCUGGGCUUGGUUCGAUCAUAUUGCGAAACAAUGGCAUGGUUACUGUCCCGAGGAAUUCCGUCUUGCCGAUCGAGCCUUUCAUGAUGGUGUCUAUCGCUUUACCUACGAAGACAGGAAGACCAAUGUAGUUGAAUUUUACCCCUUAUUGUUGGCUCCCAGUGAGAGAAAUAGCACGCGUCCCAUCGCCCUCCUGCCCAAACUACCGUCUUUCAGCGCGGAAUCUGAAGUGCCGUCAGUGUCGGAGGCUCAGUUCAAUCUCACUGAUUAUGAGCGCUAUAUUCUGCGUGAUGAAGAAGAAGUACCGUCAGAGCCCCUUUCCUCUACACAGCGACAUUAUCUUUGUCUCUCUCUGCUCGAGCACUUCAAAGAUAGUAGACUAGAUUCUAAGUGUACUGAUGCCUUUCUGCGUCUUUUGCUACGCCUCGCGGCUAGUAGCUUUGAUGAUGUGGAUACCCUUAUGGGUGGAGACGUGCUUCGUAUCCUCUUUGAUUUUCCCUUCGAGACGGGAUUCGCUUCGCAGUACUCCGCCUUUGUAGGACAUCUAAUUCGACAACUCUUUGAUGAUAAGGCGUCGCUGACCGCGAGCAUGCGCCAGGUUAUUGGACAGUUCUUCCAUGGUGGCUCGCCACUGUUGCAUUGGUGUUAUCGUGACCUGUUUUAUACACUCUCCAUUCUCAUUCCCCUGAUGGCUAAAAAUGAAGAAGUCGCUCUGAGUCUCCUUAAGGAGCUUUCCGUAAUCGAUAUUGCUGAAGGGAGUCUAAAAGAUGGCGUUCCGUCAAACUCUCUCUUGAUGUCAUUGGACCCAGCAGUGGAUGAUCCUAAGGCCUUUUCUGUAGAACUGACCGACCGACAGAAAAGCAUUGUCUCCGUUCUCGUUAAUCGUAUUGUUAAAGAAUCGCGGCGUUCUGAUGAUUCUGGGGAAGAUUCGACGGUGGCCGGAACAACUGAUUUGAACGUCAAUACGAAAGAUGAUGUUCCUCCUGUAAAGCGCGCUUUGACUAGCUCUCAUCUAACUAAGUCGGAUUAUCUGCGUUAUCUCACUGAUCUAGUGAUGACCUCUCGAGGCGUGGUGGAGUUCGUUGCAAAGUACAAUGUCACGACUCACCAAACUUUGCUUAACUACCUCUUCAACCAAGAAUUCUCGGAUUCUUCAAGCAUGGAUCUAACUAUUCUCUUGCUGGAGACUAUUCUCUUUUGCUCCUCCUCCACUACACAGAACACUAUCAUUGUCGAAUUCAAGGCCUCGCUGAAAUAUCUUAUUGCUUCGGGUUCCAUGUCCAUCUCUAAUAAUGAUGGUUUUGACAAAAAUCAGCGAAUUAUAUCCCACAUGCGUUUUCUUGAAUGUGCUCUUGCUCUUCCUUACCCUCUUCAAAGCACUAUUAUUCGUCAUCUUUACAAACGCCAAAUUCCUGCUGACGUGGCCAGGUUGAUCGCCAUAGUGCACUGCAAUGUGAGCAACAGUGUCGCUGCAUUGAAUGGGGUGGUUAAGGUCCUUGACGACCUCUCUGUUCUCGAUCGGCAGAUUUUGCGUCGCAUUACUCAGCUAGAACAACAGUUCAAGCGUGCAUCCACCUCGGUGGCGGAAAACCAUGUAUCUGUGGUAACCACAGUUGCGGAUUCUAUGAUGCAUACAGCAGCAGAGACCACUCAACCCGUGGCUUCGGCUCUAGCCCCAUCAAUCGUUGGAAUUGGUGACUCUGUUCACCCUGCUCCAGCUGCAGCGACGACAUCAUUGCCAGCUGGAAGCAGUUUGCAGCAGCGGAAUUCUUCUACACCCAACCGGCAUCAUGUUACAGAGGAGGGUGAUACGUGGGCUUUGGCAGAAGACACCAGUGAAAUGGAGGACACCACUGUAGAGGAUAGUAACGCUAUUCUCAUCCUUGAUGAAGUCGUCGUCAAUCCCAGGGCAGGAGAAAGUAGUGGCGAUGGUGGUAAUAGGGACGUUGGUGAAGACGACGACAACACUGACGACGUUCGACGAAUUAACGACUCUUAUGCCGAGGAAGGUGAAGACGGCGAUAGCUACCAUGAUCUUGAGGACGCGGAGGGUGAUGAUGAUGAGGAGGAUGAUGGAGAGGAUGGCGAGGAUGAGGAAGAUGACGAAGAAGAUGAAGGAGGAGAUGAUGCUGACACGACAGAUGAAAUCGAUGAGGAAGAUGAGAGGGGUCCUUAUGAAGACCACUCUAUGGACCAAGAGGUGGAUGUUGACGAUCUGGUUGAAGCGCAAUCCACUGACAACGGCCCAUCGAAUCAACACAACAAUAUGAUGAUCACUUUAGUAAACGAAGUGUUCAAUGUUGUGGACAGCGCAAUCGAUAGUAUUAGCGGUGGUGUUGGUGUUGGUGGCAGUAUCAGGAGCACACAAAAUCACCGACGUUCGGGUGGUGAUAUAGAACGCGGUCUUAUACUCCAUUUUACUCCAUUUGCUGGGAAUGAUAGUGUUACCAACUGGGGAUCGAGUACCCAUCAUCCUGUUGUUGUCGGCGGUGAUCGGUUGUAUGACUUCGCUGGCCCUCGUAGUACCAUGGACUUCCCCCAUAUGCACCAUAGUUCAUUUUUCCUGAAUGAUUCUCACUUUGUUGGCGGAAGCAGCGGCGGUGGUAGUGGUGGUGUUAGCAAUCUUAAUUCUGCCAUCCGGCAUCCUAUUAUAGCCCUUCCUCCUCAAAAUCCUUUUCUUCAAGCCUCCGAGAGUUCAGCCCCUGUGGCUUUGCGUUCUGUCAAUGGUGGAAUGAACGAUGCAACCACGACUAUCAGCCUUCGUUCUCUUCGAGCUCAUCCGUCUUCUCGACGUGAUUCCAACGCCAUCUCCUCAGCUGUUCUUACUCUCUACCCACAAAGCCAUCGUGGAGGUGGCAGUGGUGGUGGUUACGGACGCAUGGCUGGUAACCAGGCCACAACCCCUAUCCUUGUUCGCACCAAUCUUGGGUCUUCAAUCCAACCUUCAACCUACCUCCAAGCAGCGCAAUCUUCCCUGUUAGUUGGGCAAGGCGCGAUGCAGUACAACACAUUUGUCUAUGACAACCCCAAUAGCGUGCGUUCCAAUCGACGCCGUACUGCACAAAACUCUACCGCCGGUCUUACACAGCGAAAGUCUAUGGAUUUAUCGGAAUCAGAAGGGGAUAAGGUUGUGUGGGAGAUGCUCACGGAUUUCUGUGAAUUCCAGUGUUACACAGUGGCUGAGAGCCUUAGACUAGCUGGUUUCAGUGGUGUUGGUGCUACUGGUGUUACAGCCCCGCUCAGCCUAUUCUUUAAUAUGCUCAAUACUUAUCGUCAUUUCGUCGAAUUGGCGCUAAUUCUUUGUGGUCAAGAAAUUAUGGACAUGGUAAUGAUUGCAAGGCAUGAGGUUGGAGUAGUGGCAGUGCAACGAAGAAAUGAAGAGUAUGCUCGGCGCCUAGCAGAAUACCGGCGGGAGCUGUCACCGCGUAAACAAGAGGAACAUACACAACCGGAAGCUUUGGUUGGCGGCCAUGGGGCUGCUUUAAUGGAUGAGCUUGCUGAAACCACACCUUCGCCGUUGGUUCGACCCAGUAAUGCGCGCAGAUCUGACGCCAUCGACUCGGAUAUCGACUCGCUUCAUGAUGAGGGGGAAUCUUUACAACUUUUUCCUGCUCUUCUGAACUCUCCAAACUCUCCAUCGAAUGGAAGAAAUACUGACGAAGGUCCAGCAGCAACGGUAGACGUGGUAACCGAGACAACCACUUCUCCAACCGCCACAAAUUCAGCAUCUAGGAGUGCUGAUCCGUCGGUUCCUUCGACAUCUGCUCCGUCAGCUUCUGAACUUCAGGCACAACCUCCUCAGAUCCGAGUUCCAGUCACGGACGAGGAGAUUGUUGCCUCCAUGGUCUCUGAAGGCAUGGACCCUUCGUUCUUGGAUGCUCUACCUGAAGAAAUGCGACGUGAGCUGAUGACAGAGCAUCAGCGCACUGUUCGUCUUCGCUCUCAACUUUCUUCCAUGCAAAGCAGCAUGCCAGAUCACGUGGACGAGGCCUUUUUGACCAGUCUUCCUCCCAACAUCCAGGAAGAAGUGCUGGCUCAGGUUCGGCAGACUGCUGUGUCGUCAGGCGCCGAUGCGGGUGCUGGACCCUCAAACGCGGCAGUGGUUGCUGCUAAUGGCUCAUCCACUCUGGGGGAUGAGAGUAAUAACAACAACUCUUCCUUCCUCGCCUCCCUACCACCUGCGUUACGACAUGAGAUCUUUACUGACAUGGAGGAUUUCCAAAUUGACCUUCUACCUGCUGAGAUGCAGCAAGAGGCACGUCGACUACGUCGUCACGCGUUAGAGCAAACCGCUAGACAGGAUAGUCGUUCACAAAGUCACCGCAAUCAGAACCAAUAUCGUCCUCUUCCUAGUCGUCUUUUCCCUGCAUUCUUUGGCCCUGUUAAUCCUCCCGAUUCCAAUGAUGCACAGUGGAGAGUGAAUCGAAGCUUUCAGGGGCGUGGUGGAAGCCAUUUGAGCCCUCUAUCGGCCGCAACAUUAAAUGGACUUCAAAGUUUUUUCACUUCUGCUUUGUCGACACGUAGCCAGAGCGGAUUGAAACCCCUCCUGGACCACGAGGGAUUAACCUGCAUCAUCACACUCAUCAUUACCUGUUCCACAUCGCCUUCAUUGCGACGUAACAUCUUCCCGACUCUCAAGCGCUUGUUACAAAACCUCUGCUCUCACCAACCUACGCGGAUUGUGAAGCAGCUCUCGGAAACACCACUUUCUCCCUCUUCCGCCUUAGCUCAUUCGAACACUAAUACCAUCUUUGGAGCUGGUUUUGAGGCUGCAAUGGGCUGUUGGGUGAGGAAUCUGCAGCCCUUGGCCAACGGCCUGUUUGUGGUGCAUCCGCAGGCUGCGAACUACGUCUGUUUCAUUGUAUUGGAUGUUCUUGCCGAUUUGGCGCAGUCAUCUGCCUCUCAUUUCUUCCCCUUAACUCUUGACUCCUCUGUCUUCUCAACGGGUGACUACGAGCCCGCUGAUGUAAAGACAGAUUUCUGGGAUGUUGUUUCUCGCCUUAGUCGUGGCAGUGGGCCUAGUAGCAGUAGUAGCCCGCGCAAGUCCCUCUCAAUCAGUCCCGCUCGACCCCGUUCCACGACAACUGUCCCACUAAGUCGCAGUCGUGUAAGUGAUUUGGUGGAUGCUACCACACCUCCAGUUGACUAUUUCUCCCAUCUGGUUGGUCUGCUACGACAUCCGGUUGUCACCUCGCGACCUGUGUUGCAGGAGAAGCUUCUCUUUCUCCUUGUUCGUGUUGUAGAUGAAUUUUUUAGGGCAAACGAACAACCGACUAGUGGAAACUCACCCAGACGACGAAGUGGAGUUGUUGCUGGCUCCCGAGUCUUGGGAGAUUUUUCACCCAGUGAAACGGCAGUCGGAAUGCAGCCUUCCACUGCUACCACUGCCAAUACUGCCGCAGAAUCGAACAAUUCAACAACGCCCAUAACGAGCCUUAUCGCUCCACUAAGCCCUUCUGUGAUCCAGAGUCUCUGUGACUUCGUUAUGGCUCGAAAUUCCACCGAGCAGUCUCGAACUCUAGCAACCUGGCUCAUUAUCCUCAUGUCGCGUGCCAACAGCAGCACAAGAGAACGCUUCUUCCAUGUUCUUGCUAUAGGAGCCUGCGAAUUAGCGCAGAUUCUUGAAGGACAACUGUCUGCCGUAAUUGAAGAAAUCAAUCUGCUUUCUCCGAGCUCUAAGUAUCGUCGUCAUCAACGUGGAACAAGCGGUAACAACUCUGGAGGUGGUGGAAGUGGUGAUGGUCCCUCUACCAGCUUUGGCCCAGGUCUCCAGCAUUCUGCAUCCAUGACUCGCCUCCCCGACAGGUUUGGUUCUCCUGGUGCUUCUGUGUUUGUUGGUGGACCUUCUACAUCCCUUGCACCACCACCACCUGCUCCCACGGGUGGGGAACUAGAACUGGCUUCUCUUCAGCCUCUCCUCACUUCACGCAGUCCACAAUCACGUUUUUGUCGAAUACUCCGCCUCAUGCUCCACCUGUCCUUUCCACCUGACGUAUCUAUGCAAUCAAUGGAAGCGCUGUCUUCUCUUUGGAGACGUCUCAGUGUGACACUUGAUUGCCUCCAGGAAACUAGCGACGCCAACACUGUUCUCCUCUUCCAACCCCUUGUCGAGUGUUUGUGCCUGGCUCACGCUAGUCCCUCGCAAACCACUUGUGUUAAUGUCUUCCACUCGCCUUUCUCUGGGUUAUCCCGUCGUGGAGCUGUUGGUGGGGGACUUGCUUCCUGGACGGGCAUUGAUCUGCCCAUCAGCCUAAACAACGGUUUUUCUACAGAGGAUCAGAACAUAAUCCUGUUCGACGGCUUUCCAGAGAUUCCCCCUACUACAGAGACUGUGUCCGGGACCAGUCCCCAGAUCGACCUUACGCGUCCGAUGUCACCACCGGAUUGGACUAUGACAGAUACUACAGAAUGUACUGAAAGAGCGUCUACUUCGAGAGAUGUAAAUUUCCCCUCUUCAAACACAAAUCUAAUCGCAUGGUUUGCGGAAAAGCAUAGAGUCGGAUUGAACCACAUCUUGCGUCACUACGUGGGCAACAUCAGUGAGUCGGCGUUCACGGUGUUUCUAAGUCAGCCCAAGUGCCUAGACUUUGACGUUAAGCGGCGUUUCUUCCGUCAACGCUUCCAAUCCCUGCGUGCAAGGUCUCCGCAACCUAGGUCAGAGGAAGAACCUUUGGUAGUCUCACGAGAGCGCAUCUUCGAGGACACUUUCACUCGAUUACACUCUAGAGGCGCCGAUGUGUGGAAACACAAGUUCGUUAUUCGCUUCCAGAAUGAAGAAGGUCAAGACGCAGGAGGCCUAUUGAGGGAGUGGUACCUCCUGAUGAGUAGGGAGAUUUUCAACCCCAACUACUGCCUCUUCCGAGUGUCGCCGUCGGAUCGCGUCACAUACACCAUUAAUCCGGCGUCAUUCAUUAACAGUAACCAUCUAAGCUACUUCCGAUUUGUUGGCCGCUUCAUAGCCAAGGCUAUCUACGAUAACAAACUGUUGGAAUGCUACUUCACUCGCUCCUUCUAUAAACACAUUCUCGGUCGACGUGUUAGGUUUACAGAUCUAGAAAGUGAGGAUUACGACUUUUAUAAGGGUUUGGAAUACCUAUUGACGCACCAUGUCUCCGAGUUGAACUAUGAAAUUACCUUCUGUACUGAGAUCAAUGAAUUUGGCAAGAAUGAAACGCGCGAUCUGAUUGAGAAUGGACGUAACAUUGUAGUGACAGAGGCCAACAAACACGAAUACGUGCGUCUGGUGUGUCAGGAACGUAUGACCGGUGCUAUUCGGCAGCAGUUGAGCGCCUUCCUGGAGGGCUUCUAUAGCAUCAUUCCCAAGAGUCUAAUUAACAUCUUCAACGAACAAGAAUUGGAAUUGCUCAUCUCGGGUCUCCCCAACAUCGAUAUCGAUGAUUUACGUGCCAACACCACCUACUCGAAGUACCAACCCACUUCGCCACAGGUAGAGUGGUUUUGGCAGGCUCUGGAAUCCUUCGAUCAGGAGGAUCGGGCUCGAUUUCUACAGUUCCUCACGGGCACGAGUCGAGUGCCUCUGGGUGGCUUCGCCAACCUCGAAGGUAUGCAUGGACCCACAAAAUUCCAGAUUUGUCGGGCAGCUGUCUCGAGCACCAACCAUCUUCCUUCUGCUCACACCUGUUUCAACACUCUGGAAUUGCCACCCUAUGAAUCUUACGAGCAGUUACGGAAGCGUCUCCUGACUGCUAUUCGAGAGUGCUGUGAGGGGUACGGAAUGGCCUAA